AUGGAUAACUAAUUUUAUAAUUAAGACUCGUUAGCAUUUGGAUCACCAUAACCAAUAUCUUAACUCUAACCAUCUAAAGCAAUUAAGUUUGAAAAUGUUUCUAUAUUCAUUUAAUAUAUCGUAGGUACCUUAAAAAUAAAAUAAAAUACAUUCUAAUGUUAAAUUCAAAGAGGCUUCAAAAAAGGUUUAACAAUAGAAAAUAGAUUCUGUUUAAAAGAUCCGACCUUCAAGUGCAUAAUAAUAAGAAAAGUUUAAACCUUCAUGGAAUGAUAAGGUUGAAUCUAAACCAAAACAAUUUGAUAAUUUGAAGAAGAAUGAAAUAUUCAAAAUUGAAACCAAAUUGCAAAAACAAUAAAUUGAGAGAGAAAAAGAGAAUAAAAGACGAUAAUUAGAAAAUCCACCUCCUGCAGCAGUAAAAUCAUAUGCAACUAUUAAAGAUAUUGAAUAAGUGAUAAAUGAUUGUAAUUAUUAUAAUCCUAAUUAGAGUAAUAUAAUAAGGAUGUUUCUGAAAUGAAGAAAUAAAAGAAAGAAUUAGAAUAAUUAUAAUGGAUGGUAGAUUAAGAAAAGAAAUUGAAAGCUGAGUAAAAUAAACAAUUUGAAGAAAAAUUAAAGCAGUUAAAAACAUAAUAACAUCCUGAUUUAGCAUAAGAUAUUAUGAAUGCUAAGAAAAAAGGUAUUGAAAAUAAAGAAUCACCAUAUAAAACAAAAGAAUAAAAGAAAUAAGUUUAAAAAAAAUAACUUGAAAAAAAUGUAGAUGAUAUAUAUAUUGAACCAUAAUAAAAUAAUUAUCCUAUUUGGAAAGAUGGAAUCAAUUUAAUUCAUUAUGAAGCCAAAAAACCAUUAUUACCUGGAGAGUAUGAUUAAAAUGAUUUGGAUUUAAUACCUUAAAAAUAACCUUAAUAACAACCUUAAUAAUAAGUUAGAAUUGAUGAUAAUAAAUUAAAAAAUGAAUUAAUUGAAAUCUAAAAAAGAGAAUUAUAAAGAUAACAUGAAUUAGAUGCAUUAAUAGAUAAACAUUAAUAAUUGUUGAGAUCUGAAGCUCAAAAUCCAAAUAAAUAUUAUAAAGAAAUCAAUGAAAAAUUAGAUAAGAUCAAAGGAAAAGUUGAUCCAUUAGUUAAAAAAAUUGAUAGUGUAUAAAUUGAAUAUCCCUUUACUGGACAUCUAUUAGCUAGAGGAGUAUCUAAAAUGAUUUAAGUUCAUUCUGAAAGAUUAACUGAAUUAUUAAUUGAUGAUUUAUUAUUUGAAAUGGUAGAUAUACUAGAUACAUUGGAGAUGAAAAAGAAAGAAGAAGAAAGAUAGAGAUAUGAACAAAUGGCUUUAUGUGAUUAUAUAGAAGCUGUUAAAGAUAUUGCAUUAGAUUAAGACAAAGUUGAAUAGAAUUUUUAAUAAACUAGAUAAUAAUUUAUGAGAGAUAGUAAUUUAAUUAUAAUUAAUAUAUUUAUAGCAAGACUUGAUUAAUAUGUACCUGUUGAAUAAUUGGGUAGAGAUCAAUAAUAUUAUGUAAAUCCUAUGGAUCGUUUACGUUCAAUUGAAUUAUCAAGUGGAUUCAUUAUUAAAAUUAUGGAAGAUAGAAAGAAAAGAAUCUAGUAUAUUACAUAAGAUAAAUAGUAUUAUCCUAAAAAUCUUGAAUAAUUUGAUUUAGUAAUUUAUUAAUUUAUUCUAUUUAGAUAACUGAAACAAUACUUGAAGAGAUUAUAUGGGAAAGAGCAGCAGCAUUAUAUUAAAGUAGUGAUGAAAUGGCAGAAUAAAUAUUUAUUAAUGAAUUCAAAUGA